AUGGAACUGGUCCCGCUGGUUUCCUCAGCCAUGUCGAGCAAAGACACCGAGCUCGAAGUCAGGUUCGGCCUAGGAGACAUCAGCACGCGAGAAUUUCCCAACGGAGUCAGCGAGCAGGCCUUCUACAACCUCCAGCAGAUCCUCCACAGGAGCCAUCAAAAGGGGAAUGUACAGCUGCAAGGAGAAGGGUGGCAGAGGAUAAGAGACCUUCACUUCUGCAACAACAUCCGGUCGACGUACCACGAGAACGGGGAAAGAGAGACAGUGUUCAAGCGGCUGCUCCAGAGGUCGGACAUGGUGGGUCACAACCUGAACAACGUGCCGGGCUCCUCGAAAGUUUGCCACCUUCGUUUCUCGUGGAAAGCGGAACAACCUGUAAUGGAUGGAGUGACAGACACUGGGCCUCUGGAAGGCGUCAGGGAGAAGAGGAGGAUUUCAUAUGUUUACAAGAUGUGA